AUGGCUGCUUCUGAAAAGGCCCUACGACCGCUUCCGGGUAACCUUCGCCUUGCACAACUCCCAGUGGAACUACCGUUGAAAAAUGACGAGUCCAUCUCGACCGUGGCUUCCUACAAGUCAAGUAUCUACAUUGGCACAUCAAAGGGCCAGAUCCUCCACCUUCAUUGCUUCGAGGAUGCCCUGGAUUACAUGCUCAUCUUGCAAUUGCAAGUGACAGAGAAAGAUGUGAGUGUGACGAAAAUCAUGCCUUUGCCGGAUGUCGAGUUGUGUCUUGUGGUGUGCAACAGAACACUAUAUGUGUAUACGCUUCCUGAGCUUCUGCCAUGUCAUGUUGGUAAGAUCAGGGAUGUGAACGAUAUACUGGAAUUGAGCCAGGUGAAGAACCCAAAGACGAAAAAUAUCCACGAUAAGGUCAUUGUGUUUACGUCGACCAAGCUACGGGUGGUGCAGUUUAUACCGCCAGAGACAGUCAAGCUACUACGAGAUAUUCCGUAUACGGGUGCACUUAUGGGUGUGUCAUCUGCGGCGGGAACGCUGGCUAAUUAUAGUAAUAUCUGUUUGGUGGCUAAUGGAGAGAACUACGAUGUGGUGGACUUGCAACAGACCAGACGAAUCUCUUUGUUUGAGCAUAAUCCCGAGAAGACACCUCAGAUCAGGCCUAAUAUCUUGCCUUUUGAUGCUGAGGGCAAGGAAGAGUACUUGCUUUCGGUGAGAACGAAUGAAUCGAUGUCCAUGGCGAUGUUUAUCAACUCGUUUGGUGACGUUACUAGAGGAACACUUACUUGGAUUGAUUUGGGGUACCCGACCAACGGCAUGGCCGUGGUGUGGCCGUACCUUCUAGGUCUUUUUCACUUUCAAGAUACUCUCAGUUUGACAUUCAGCUCGCUAGAAACUCUUGAGGUCGUUGAAUCUUUCAAGAUGGCUGAGGUAUUUGAAGAUCGUGCAUUAGGCGAAAUCAAGAAUUUGAAAAUCCAACGCUUGGCUGAACCGAUCUACUAUUCGCAUCUGGAAUUGCUGUCCUGGCUCCAAAAAGUGGAUAUCGAUGCUGCUGGUCAGCGGUACGUCUCGUUGCAGCCUGCCAAUGUGGUGCUUCAUAACGAGACCUCACUCUUUUACAUGUACCAGGAAAGCUCCACAUCGAUGAAGCUUCAAAACCUUCUUGAGGGGUUGAAAGAUAAAGAAACUGACUGGGAAAGUCAGCUUGAGGCGCUUAAAGAUGAGGCUGGUGUUCUUCGACUUCUACAUAUCAUCCUUCUACUUGUCACUUCCAAGUUCGAUCUCUUCAAUGAGGCUUCCAAGGUCGACUUUGACCCCAGAAUAUUUAUCUAUCUCAUUGAAGAUCUCGAUAAGGAGGUUUAUGAAGGUUUAUUGUUGGAGAAGGCUGUCUGGACUGUCCUUGAUCACUUUCGAGUCUUGGAAGUUCCAGGCGACUUCAAGGACGCUUUCAUCAAAUCUACGUUUGAGAACAGUACUGUUGAUUCGAAGCUCUUUGGCGCCUUAAGGGUUUUAAUUUAUCGCAAUUUGACAGAUCUUAAACUGACGUUCGACAUGAUCGAUUCUGAGGCUGAGAUUUGGGUUUCUGGCCAUGCUUCCAACUCGACAAUUCUUCAGGGCUUUGAUGACAAGGGCUGGCACCUUGUCAAGAUUCACCUACAGCUUUUACAGCAAGAAAAAGAAAAGGACCCCUCUGUGGUAGACAGUACCGCCAACGAAAUCACAAACAUUGCAUUCAAAUUGCUCGAUAAACGGGUAGAAGAGGAAGGGGUCUCUAUUUCAGACGAAGGCAUUGCGACGAAGGAUAACGUCUCUCUUGACUUAGUCGACAUUAUCUUAACCCAACUCAAGGAGAAGUUCGAAGACAGCGAAUUAUACAACAAGAAGCUUCUUGAAUUGCUCAAGUUGCAUCCUCAGAGGGGGCUUACGUUCCUUGAGUCUAACAAAAAUGGAAAACACAAGGCCACUCACAGGCAUAUUCUUGAAGAAUACUCCAAGCUUCAUGAUCUCGACGCUGGAUUUUCCUCAUUGAAGUUGGAGUUCAUCGAGCAGUCAUUAUUUGAGCACAUUAAAGAAAAGAAGGAGAUUGACCUUAAGCUGGUGAGAGAACUUGUUGAUGAGCAGCUUGAGUUCCUUCAGCUGCAAAAUGAGCUGUUUGAAGAAGAGUACGUGAACUUGGAAAUUCUAUUUGCAUCCUUCAAACUCGAAAACGAUCUUGCCGAGGGCCAUUCGGCCCGAAUCAAUUGGAUUGACUACUUGGGUAUCCAUGGCCCCAGAAGUGAGUGUAAAACGUUGGUUUCUAUUUACACAACGCUUUACGAGUUGUUUAUUUGUUUAUGUCUUCACCAGGAAGAGCUUCCGCUGCUUUCGUUUGGAACCAACCAAGCUAUGGUCUACCUCAAUUCAUUAUUCCAUGAGACUGACAGAGCAAAGCUCUUAGAUGAAUGCAUCAAUAAUGCUGACCACACCACCGCAUACUGGCUAGCUAUUCAUGAGCAGCCUCCAUUUCCUAGGGAGCUUUCAUACGUGAAAUCCUUAGCACACAGCUUAAAGACUAACUAUAAAACACGCCCUGAGGACGACAUCAAAUCUAGCAUGAAGCAGAUUCUCGAUACAUAUUUGCAGUUUGAGAAGAAGCUAUCUAGACAUGAGGGAAUGAAGCGUUUAGUGACGGUAUUUGGCAAAUACUUUAGUCCACCCGAGCUUCUCAAGCUCAUGCCCUCAGACUUACCCAUUGCAUUUCUAUACGAAUACUUAACGGAUAUAUUGGUGGAUGAGGAAGCCAACAGGAUAGACUCAGACAUGGAAAAGUUUACGCCAACUUUCAUGCUACUUAUAAAAGUUAUCUAG